AGAGAGACUGCUCUAAACAGGAUCUCCCACAGGGUCCCGAGGAGUUCCAGCACCUCGCCCCAAAAUCAAAAUGAUGCUUCAACAUCCAGGCCAGGUCUCUGCCUCAGAAGUCAGCGCGACCGCCAUCGUCCCCUGCCUCUCACCUCCUGGGUCACUGGUGUUUGAGGAUUUUGCUAACCUGACACCUUUUGUCAAGGAAGAGCUGAGAUUCGCCAUCCAGAACAAGCACCUUUGCCAUCGGAUGUCCUCUGCGCUGGAGUCAGUCACCAUCAACAACAGACCUCUGGAGAUGUCAGUCACCAAGUCUGAGGUGGCCCCUGAAGAAGAUGAGAGAAAAAGGAGGCGGCGGGAAAGAAACAAAAUUGCUGCUGCCAAGUGUCGAAACAAGAAAAAAGAGAAGACAGAGUGCCUGCAGAAGGAGUCAGAGAAACUGGAGAGUGUGAAUGCCGAACUGAAGGCCCAGAUCGAGGAGCUGAAGAAUGAGAAGCAGCAUCUGAUUUACAUGCUCAACCUGCACCGGCCCACGUGUAUCGUCCGGGCUCAGAACGGGCGGACGCCGGAAGACGAGAGGAACCUUUUUAUCCAACAGAUAAAAGAAGGAACAUUGCAGAGCUAAGCAGAGGUGGCAUGGGGGCAAUUGGGGAGUCCUUACUGAAUCCUCCUUUUCCACCCCAAACCCUGAAGCCAUUGGAAAACUGGCUUCCUGUGCACUUCUAGAAUCUCAGCAGCCACGAGCUGUUGGGUCAGGAGGGCCUGCGGUGACUACUGCGUUGUCCCACUCUGUCCCCGAGUGAACCGUGGAGCAGGCAGGAGCAUCCUUUGUCUCACCGGCUCCAGGAUUUAGGCCUUACCAUCCCGGCCAUUCUCAGAUGACCUAGCUGGCCCCAGGCUGGGGUCCCAUGCAAAGCAGGAUCGCACUAAUGGGAUGCAGGCAGAAGUGUCUACCUUGACAGGUGGGGUGGGACCACGUCCUCCACUGCGGCUGACAACAUCCCUCCUAGGGAAGAUGGAGUGAGAACAUUCAUCAUUGAAGUUGUCCAAUGGCCAGGGUAUGCUUUCUAGAAACUAUGCUGUUCUGUCCUAGACUGACUGUGCAUAGGGCAUUCAUUUCUGAGCCUGGUGUUGUGCUAUUUAGAUGUUUGUCUUGCACAACAUUGGCGUGAUUUUUUUCCGGGAGUUUCAUCAGACCUGAUUUCCGAGAGUUUGGGGGUCUGCCACUGUGGACAAUAUCCCCCAAAAGUGUUUGGGUGGCCAUGUAAACUGGCUGAUGACCAGCUGUGCUACUCUGUGCUGACCGAGGACUGAUGCCUCCUUCCCCUGUACCCACUGCUGAGGAAGAACCCGGGCACAGCAGCUGUCCUUGGCUACAAACUGUUACAAUGUCACAGAACGAAGGCACAAAGUCCCGCUUUCAAAGGGCGUAGGACUCCACACUCAGUGACAGGGCAGGAAGAGCCAAGGAUUCUCCGUUUUCCCUUCCUUCCCACCAAAAACCACAGCCCGUGGAGACUGGUAUUUGAAGCCAGGAGUGGGGCAAGGAAGGUGUCUGCACUGUGGGAUGUUAACUGCGCUUUUGUCUUGAAGCUAUUUUGAGAUGCGGUCCAGAGUAUUUCAGCUGGGAGGUCCCUCCCACUGGCCACCAGGGCUCUGGCUACUGUUAAAAUUCUGAUGUUUCUGUGAAAUCCUCAGUGUUCAAUCCGACUCAGUAGUAUAUUACAGUUUUCUGUAAGAGAGAACGUUACUUAUUUAUCCCAGUAUUCCUAGCCUGUCAACGUAAUAAAAUAUCAGAAUGAGACCUGGUAAACCUUAGCGUGGCACUGGUUUCUGCUGAGUGUUGAAAUGGUGAUGAUGCCUUUCUGUCAUGGGGUGGUCAGCACUGAGUGUUUGGGGACGGAUGGCUUCCUUCGUUCAUGGGGAGACCACUAGGUAGGGCAGUUAGUAAUUCAUAUUUUAUGUGUAUGGGUAUUUUGUCUGCAUGUAUGUCUGUGUGCCACGUGCAUGCAGUGCCUGGGGAGGCCAGAAGAGGAGGGCAUUGGGUUCCCUGGAACUGGGGUUUCAGAGGGGUUGCAAGCUACCAUGUAGUUGCUGGGAACGGAACCCAGAUCUUCCCCGAGAGCACCAAGUACUGUUGUUAACUGCUGAUCCAUCUCACCACCUCCAUUUAUUUUUAUUUAUAAUCGUGUGUGUGUGUGUGUGUGUGUGUGUGUGUGUGUGUGUGUGUGUGUGUGUGGUGUACAUGAAUGCAGUUGCCCACAGAGACCAGAAGAGCUCUUAAAUACUGAGCCAGCUCUGCAGCCCAGGUGGGUGACUUCCCACUCCGUGCCUCUCAUUGACAAACCCCGAAACAACGCUACAGGUGUGUCCUUCAAGCCACCUGUUUGGUGCUAAGAUAGAUUUUCGUUUGCUUUGAGUCAGGGUCUCAGUAUGUAGCCCUAGGUGACCUGGAACAGAGUACACAGGCCAGACCGUUCGCUGAUCUGCCUCCGGAAUGCUGGUUCAAAGGGGUGCACCACCAUGCCUGGCUUAUGAUAGAAUUUUGAUAUAGAAUCCAAACUGCUAAGUAGUUCAGCCGCCAGUUUCUCUGAACACAGAAAUACACCUAAGACAUGCACUUUUUUUUUAAAAGAUUUAUUUAUUAUAUAAGUACACUGUAGCUGUCUUCAGACACACCAGAAGAGGGCAUCAGAUCCUAUUACAAGUGUUUGUGAGCCACCAUGUGGUUGCUGGGAAUUGAACUCAGGACUCUGGAAGAGCAGUCAGUGCUCUUAACUUUGAGCCAUAUCUCCAGCCCUUUUUUUUUUUUUUUUUAGCUUGAGAGAUUUUUACAAAUUGUGUUUAGUUUGGAAGCAGAUGGGGCAUAUGUGCGCUAAAGAGAACAGCUUGGAAUCAAUCUCUUUCCGCCAUGUGGGUCCUCGGAAUUGAACCCGGGUCAUCAGGCUUAGCAGCUGCACCUUUCCUGGCUGCACCGGUGGCUUUGUCUCAGCUGGAAUCUAUUGAACUUCCCUAAAUGAGUUUCAGCUUGACUUAGACAUGUUAACAUCUGUUAGCAUCUGUGCACCUCAUAGCACAUACGUAUUUCAAAUACCAAGGAUGAAGAGGGUGGGGAAAAGAAGGCGAGAGAACAGUCUUGGACAAGAUGGAGGGUGGGUAGGGUUGUUCCAAGAACGGUAAUUCUAAUUUUCUGGAAUUUCCUGGCCCAGUGAUUUCUCCCUUCCCCUCUCCCUUGAGACUUCUCCCUCACUUUGCAGUUCUGGGGAUAUACCUAACCCUCCCUUCCCUGGCAAACCACAGCCCUUGAAUGGAGGACUGGGGACGAUAUCUGAGAGUCAGUUCUUUAUUUCUAGUCACAUGAGUCCUGGAGAAUCAACUUAGGCCAACAGGCUUGAUGGCAAACACUGACCGGCCAGCUGAGCCAGCUUGCCCUGCCGGCCCAUGUGUCUGUUUAUUUGAACCGUUAUGUGAUGCCUUUAAACUAUCGUAUGUCACAGAUAUGAUUGUAUGUCUGGCUGUUCCUAAUCAGUAAAGAGCCACUCUUACUCUUUAGCCACUCUGUAUCUUAAUAGAGGGGAGGAACAAGCAAAACAACACAACAUUGUCUUUAUCCCUUGGUUGUGGGUAGAGGUUCUACUAUGAAGCCAAGGCAGUUUAAAAACUGCCACGGAGGGCAGUGGACUAGAUAGGAGGCAGAGGGAUGCUUCCGGUGGUCUUUAAAAAGAACUGCAUGGACGUGUGCCAGCCACCGGGCCUGUGACUCCCGUGCUUCAAGUUGAGGCAGGCAGGCUAGGUAUCUGAGAGAAUAAACUUAAACAGGGCCAUAUGGCCCGGUUGGCCACAUCUUCAUCUCUUCAGCUGCCUCCUGCAGGGCAUGGUGACAUCUCACUGGCAAGGCCCCGGGAGCCACCCUUCUUCCUCUGCCUCUUGUGUUGUCCUGGUAUCUGUCCCAGUGUCUGCUUCAGAGUAAAGAUUUGAAAGGUUGAGACUCAGGGCUUGAAUUCCACUGUCAUCAUUUCAUAUUCUGUCAAGAGGCAAAUGCUUGUUUCCAAUGUAGCCAGCUUAUCACCACCACUACCAUCACCACUACCACCAUCACCACCACCAUCACCAUCAUCACCAUAACCACCACCACCACCAUCACCACCAUCACAUCACCAUCAUCACCAUAAUCACCAUAACCACCUCCACCAUCAUCACCAUAACCACCUCCACCAUCACCACCACCACCAUCACCACCACCUUCACCACCAUCACAUCACCAUCAUCACCACCACCUCCACCAUCACCACCACCAUCACCACCACUACCACCUCCACAACCUCCACCACCUCCACCACCACCAUCACCACCACCAUCACCACCAUCACCACCUCCACCACCACCAUCACCACCACCUCCACAACCAUCACCACCAUCACCAUCACCAUCACCACUACCUCUACCAUCAUCACCAGUACUACCACUACCACCACCACCACCACCACCACCACCACCACCACCACCACCACAGCGCUUACCCUAGAGCUUUAAAGGAGCCUUGGAUCACUUGCUACUCUAACCUGUCUGAGCAGCUCUUCUGGGUCAGGGGCUGCUGUCUUUGGAUCUGGGUCUGCCUGAAGGAAGGCCAGGUUUACACACCAAGCCUUCUUCCGGGUUCUCAUGGCUCUUAACUCCAGAAACUUCCAGCCUCACUACAAAUUGGUCUUGGGAUCAGACUAGGUGGUGUGUGCCUAGUGGAUCUCUGGUCAAGGUCAGCUAGUCUACGUUGUGAUUUCCAAGCCAGCCAGGGUCACACAGUGUGAUCUUGUCACACAAAUAUAGAACUAAAGUAAGUGUGCUUGCGAAGAAAUUCACACUGAGCUGCAAAACUUAUUGAGGCUGAUUGGAUGUUUGUAAGAGCUAACAUUCAUCUCCUGGGACAACAUGCUCAACAUUGCAUGUAUCACAUCAUGUAUGUAGUGUUCUGUCAUUGUAACAAUACCUCAGAUAAACAAAAAGAAACUGGGCUGCCGAGAGCCUCAGGGAGUAAAGGCUUUUGCUGCCAAGUCUGACCGGAGUUCAGUCCCACACAAUGAAAGGAGAGACUCAACUCUCACAAGUUAUCCUCUGAUCACAUGUGUACUGUGGCAUGUACAUGCACCCAACACACACAUGCACACACGCACACACACAUACAUACACACACACACACGCACGCAUGCAUGCACGCAUGCACGCAUGCACGUACGCACGCACACACGCACACACGAAGUGCAAAAAUAUUUUAAGAGAGAAAUAGGGCUUCAGGGAUAGCUUAGUGGUUCAGGUACUUGCCAGAUGAAGACCUGAGUUUGUAACUUGUAUAAAUGCCAAGUGGACAUGGUGGCCUCCUGUAAUUCUAGAUUUAAGACAGAGAUGGGCAUCUCCAGAGCAAGCUGGCUAGCCAGACUACCCACAUCGCUAGAUCUGGUGUGUCUGAGAAAAGUCAACCUUGGGCCUUCAUGUUCAUGUACUCAUACGUGAAUGAAAACAAAUUGAAAGAGACAAAAGUUUAUUUUGGUUCAUGUCUUAGUCAGGGUUUCUAUUCCUACACAAACAUCAUGACCAAGAAGCAAGUUGGGGAGGAAAGGGUUUAUUCAGCUUACAUUUCCACAUUGCUGUUUGUCACCAAAGGAAGUCAGGACUGGAACUCACACAGGGCAGGAAGCAGGAGCUGAUGCAGAGGCCAUGGAGGGAUGUUCCUUACUGGCUUGCUUCCCCUGGCUUGCUCAGCUUGCUUUCUUAUAGAACCCAAGGCCACCAGCCCAGGGAUGGCACCACUCACAAUGGGUCCUCCCCCUUCAUCACUAAUUGAGAAAAUGCCUUAUAGCUGGAUCUCAUGAAGGCAUUUCCUCGAUGGAGGCUCCUUUUUUUGUGAUAACUCUAGCUUGGGUCAGGUUGACACACAGAACCAGCCAGUACAGGUCAGUUCAGAAGUGCCAGUCCUUGAUGGAUUCACCUUGUUCCUCUGGCCUGCACAGAUACAACACAAUCCUGGUAGGGAAUGUGUGAAGGAGUAAAACCACUUCACAACCAGGAGGCAAAGAGUGGAUGAGAAAGGCGGGGGCGGGGUCCCAUGAUUGCACUUAAAGACACACCCUCUGCUACAGGUUCUCCCAUGGGGCCUACCUUCCAAUAGCUCAGGGCCUCCAAGUGCCUCUAACACAGUGGUGUGGGGACAUUCGAUCCCUAGAAGCAUUACUCAGCCCCCACACGAGAAAGCAGGGGCUCCAGAGCUUGUUCAAGGUCACAUAGUCAAGGCAAAGUUGAAGGCCACCCUUUAAAACUAACCGCAACGUUUGUGAGCAAGAGUUCUAAAGGUAAAUGUGCUAUGUGUGUGAAUGGAAACACACAGCAUACUAUUUAACAUUUGAAUGUUCUGUGCACAUGCAUGAUGCUGUAUGGCCACCAAUGAAGGGUAUCCACAGAUCAGUCACUCCCCAGGUCCCACAUCCAGCAUUUGGCAAACUUCUCAACUGUUUAUUCUCCAGGCUUGUCCGGUGGCUUUUUGUGUCUGGCUUCUUUCACUUAGUAAAGAGCCAAGGUCCACCCAUGUUGAAGAAUGUCAACACUCCACUCCUCUUCGAGGCUGAGUAAUAGUGUGUCGAACGGAGAAUCUAUAUUUUGCUCAUCUGCCUAUCAAUUAGUAAACGGAGGUGUGUCCUUCCACGGCACGAUAGCAGUAGCCUUGUCUAUAAGGAAUAGGACAAGGAGUAAGACUUCAUCAAACCAGCUGGGAGAGCCUGGAGUAGGGGUCCAAGUGACAAUAAUUUGGAAAUUCUCAGUCUGGCUAUGUGGCUGUAGCAAUAGGCAGAGUCAUGAGGACAGAUGUAAAUGAAUUUCUAAAGCUCUCCCCCACAGCAGGGCUGUUAGGACAGAAGGGCUUGGAUGGGCUCUUGGAAUUUAAGGACCUCUGUUCCUUACGCCUGGCCCUAUACUGUGCAUUUCACUGAACACAGUGUGGAAAAGUGGGAAGCAGACCCCAGGGUCCUUAAGAGAGUAAGUGGUCCCUCGAAAAAACAAAACUGACCAGAAAAACAAUGUGGCCCCUGACUCACUAACCCUCAUUGCCUCAGCUCACCUGUUGUCUAAAGUGGUUGUCCUCCUUUAUCAUACUCUACACACACACACACACACACACACACACACACACACGCGCGCGCGCACACACAUGCAUACACAUACAUACACACACGUGGGCACAUACAUGCAUACACACACACAUUCACACACACAUUCUCACACACACACAGGCACACACAUGCAUACCCACACACACACACACUCACACACACGCACAUGUCAGCAUGCAUGCACGCACUCCUAUAUACAAUUUCCCAUGAUGUAGUGAAAACAAAUCAGUCUAGUUUGAAAACAUUUGACUAGCCCAAGGUUCCCUCAAGAGGCAAAGUCAUGUGGUGAUUUAAAACAAGAAUUUUGGAAGAUCAGCAAGACCUGGAUUUGAACAUCAUCGUUUGUGGGUGCAGGUGAUUCACCUUUAGUGUCUUUGCCCUGUGAACCAGUGCACAUCUGUGGAUCUUCCACUGAUAUGUGAAAUGUCACACGCAGUACAUCGAGAGUAAGCAAUAUUCUCAAUUAGCAGAGGCCAGAGCUGUCCUGAAAGGUUAUCAGCAUCAACAUGUAGUGAGGUUUCCUGGACGAAUCAAGAACAGUAUCCAGGCUGUCCCAUAACAUGAAACCAUAAACUCGGAUGUUUCCAGGCUCCCCACCUCCUGGAAUUCCCACAGGCUUUGAAUCUCUUCAGUCUGGGCUAGAAGAAGAAAGUACUCAUAUACAAUGUUCCCAUCUGACACCUCUUCAUGUUGGUACACACCUGGUCCUGUCCUGGAGAGUGGCUGGGGAUGGGACAAAGGGGGAUGUGCCAGUGACAGGUCACAAAGGGAGAAGGGGAUAAAUAUGGCUGUCAGGGGCUUCAGGCUCUAGUGUCACUUCUCCUAGUAGGGCUGCAGUUUGUAGACUCUCAGGGAGUUUUCAAAAAAAAAUCACAGGUGGAGGUCGAAGGGGUUUUAGACCCUGGAGAGAACCUCCCUGGAGUCUACCCUGCAUCUUUGGAGAGGUUGGACUUGGGUCCAGGCACCCAACAGCACCCCUUGCCAAUCAUCUGUGCUCCCACCCCCAGCCCAGGCCUCUUGGAGGCUCUGAGGCAAACUGGGGGCUUGUGGGGUGGGGUUGAGAAGACCUGCUGUACGUGCCACCUCUGUGACCCAGGAGCACUGCAGCUCCCCUCAUCUGCGGAGACCAAGAAAGACACAGAAACCCACCUUGCCAGCGAACCUUUCUUGACAAAAAAAUGGACAGGAAGAGUGAGUCUCUGUUACCGUAUUAUACAGCCCAGAACGGUUCUGGGGUUGGCAUGUUCAACACCACCAUGGGGAAAUUACAGCGGCAGCUACACAAAGGAGAGUAUGACAUAUUCAAGUACGCACCAAUUUUCGAGAGUGACUUCAUCCAGAUCACCAAACGUGGUGAGGUGAUUGACGUCCACAACCGGGUCCGAAUGGUGACUGUAGGCAUUGCAUGCACCAGUCCCAUCCUUCCACUCCCCGACGUCAUGCUACUGGCCCGACCAGCACCGUGCGAAGAUGUUUCUGGCCGUGGUCUGUCCAGCAACAAGGGCAAAAAACGCAAGACCUUGGAGCUCACUAGGCUCCUCCCUUUGAAGUUUGUAAAGAUUUCCAUUCACAAACGUGAUAAACAGCAGCUACGCCUCAAGUUCGCUACUGGCCGUUCUUGCUACCUGCAGUUGUGUCCCCCUCCCGAAAGCAAGGACGAUCUCUUUUACUACUGGGAAAAACUGAUUUACCUCCUGAGACCACCCGUGGACAGUAACAGCAGCACCUACGCCAUCCCUGCAGGGGACAUGAUGAGCAUGCCUCUUCUGGAUGAAGAACAUAAGAUAACUCAAAAAGCAGACACCCAAGGGAAAAAGGAGCCAGACCAGGUCAGUGUCAAAAGCCUCACUGUCGCCACAGAGAUGAGUGAGAUCAGCUCUUCUGCUUUUGCUGGUGGGGAGGGAAUCCAUCAUGACUCUCACAUAGCCACUGUUGUGUCCAGGGUACCCACACCCAAAAUGAACUCAAAAGUCCUUUCCAGAGAGUCAGUAACAGGGGCGAUAGUGGGUGACCUAGUGGGCACUUUCAGCUUGCCAGCAAACAGAUCCAUAGGCUCUGGACAUAAAAACAAACCCACAGCAGGGGAGACCGUCAUGGGAGCAAGAGGAAGUAAAAGCUAUUUGACCAUCACAAGUGCUGGCAAGAUGUCACCAAAGAGCAUGAAGAUGGCCUUGUCAGGGGUGGCAAGCAAGUCCUUGGAGUAUAUUCCCAAUUCAUCCUCCAGCCUCUCCCGAAAAGAGAUCAUGACCAUAACAAAUUCAAGAAUAGAGACUACUGGAAAGCCUGCUGGGGAAACAGCAAACGAGCCAGUCCCAGUCAUCCUUUCCUUGACCGUGCCAAGCGAAAGCCACUCGAGUGAAGACAGCAGUCAUCGGAAAGCCUACACAGCCAAAGUGCGUAAGGAAAGGAGAACAAGAAGGGACCAGAGAGCAAAGGAAAGAGUUAGCAGCAGGGGUGAGCAUCACCACAGGACAGGAGAAAGUCGCAAGACAGCAGGGGACAAGGAGUUUCGAAAAUCAGUCGGCCACAGAGGCGGCAGCAAUGACAAGAAGGACAAAGGGAGCAAGCGCAGCAGGUCACACAAAGGGGUCAGCCACAUCCCCAUCACGAAGGAGUCCCGGAGCUCCCACAAACUGGGCCGGACCCUCUCCACUGCCAGCUCUGUCUCUACGAACAAGAGGAUGGGCAGAAUCAGCUUGUUCCUGAGAAACAUCAGAGCCAACCUGGCCGCAAAAGGCCUGGCACCACAGCGUGGCCAAGACAUAGACAUCAUAUCCAAGACAUUGGAGAAAACCGAUGUGAACGCCGUCAUGGAGACAGAGGAUGGCCAGGGCCUGGAAAUCAUUGAUUCCGUGACAUCCGAGGUCAUGGAGACAGUGACCUUUGAAGCUCAUUAAAGUACAACUCAGAGCCCAAAACGGCAAAGAGGAGCCCCUGGAGUCCACUCCAGCUUCCUCAGUGCAGUUUAAAUAAAGAACCAUUCUGCCUGGAAA